UGGAUCGAUAGUGAAUGCAAGCGGAAUGCAAUCAGAAACACCAAAGAAAAUAUUUUCCAGUCUUCUGGUAAUAAUCCUUGAUGUUAACCCAGCUCAAGAUACUUUACUUAGCGGAGAAAUAAAGCUAUCAUCCAUACUUAGUUCUGUUGUUGCUUUUGCUAAUUCCCACUUAAUGCUUCGAACCCAUAAUAAAGUUGCAGUGCUUGCGUCUGACCCAAAUAGUUGUGAUUUUAUAUAUUCCGAUCAAGAUGAACUUGAUUUUAAAAAGAAAACAGUCAGUAGUUGUAAAAUGGGUGGAAGCCAGUAUGAAUUGUUCAGUCACAUAGAUCGUUCUAUCAAAUUUAACAUCGUGAAAUUCCUCAAGGAUGCGGCAGAAGAACCACAUAUGUCUAGAGAUACUGUCUUUGGAGCAUCUUGUGCUAAGGCUUUAUGCUACAUAAACAGAUUACAAAGUAAUUUAUUUCCGGGCGAAACAAUGAAUUCUAGAAUAUUAAUUAUAUCUGGUUGUGAUAAUGAAGGAGAUAAAUACAUACGUUGUAUGAAUACAUUUUUCACAGCUCAAAAACAAAAUGUAGCUAUUGAUGUGUGUAGUCUUACCCAUGAUGUCACUCUAUUAAAACAAGCAUGUUACAUCACAGAAGGUUCAUAUUUUCGUAUGCCUAAAUUAGAAGGAUUAUUGCUGUAUUUACAAUGGAUAUUUUUGACGGAACCUUCUUCUAGGAAAAAAUUAGUUAUACCAUUAGCUCCUCAGUUAGAUUUCCGACCUUUUUGUUUUUGUCAUGGAACUUUAACAGCAAUUGGUUUUGUGUGUUCAUUAUGCUUAACUAUUUAUUGCAAAAUAAGUCCUAUUUGCACAACUUGUGAAGCAGUUUUCAAAGUGCGAUCAGCCAUUGCAGUCAAACCUAAAAAGAAGAAAAUUAAAACAACUAGUGUGAAUAAUUAAUUUCAACUUAAUUACUAUCAUUUAUAUUUAAUGAUCAUUUUUAGAAAUAGAACACAAAUAGUAAAAUAAAAAUAUGUUUGAAGUUAUUAAUUUUGUAAAAUGUAUUAUUUAUUUUAACAUGUAUCUUAUAAAUUUUGCUAAUUAUAAUAAGUGAUUACCUAUUUAAAAUGUAUGAUACAAAUAAAUGUUGUAUAAACUAAAUAUUUUCUGAAGAAGAUUGCUCUCAUUGGAUAUCUUUUUUAAUAAAAUGUUGUGUUAAAACA